CGUGCCGUGUGCGAGCGAAGAGCAGAAGCAGACUCGAGGUAGACGAAGAGGUCGCAUAGGCAUAGCGUUUGCUUGCUGGCCUACAGUGCAGCAACGGCACCACCCAUGGCGCCGCUGAGGCAAUGCCGCCGCGGCCUCGCCCUCGCCGCUCUGCUCGCGCUCCACCUCGCCGUCGCCGCGGCGCAGUCGCCUGCAGCCGCGCCGGCCCAGCCCACCCCAGUCCCGGUGCCCGCGGCGCCGGCCAAGUCACCGCCCGCGCCCGCGACGCCUGCUCCCACCGCCACUCCCACUCCAGUUGCACCGGUCAAGGCGCCGCCUGUCGCGCCCGCCGUCGCGCCUGUCGCGCCGGUCAAGCCGAAGCCGAAAACACCACCACCGGUGACACCUCCCCCCGUGACACCCCCGCCGGUGUCGCCCCCGCCCGCCACCCCGCCGCCGGCCCUCCCGCCAGCGACGCCCCCGCCGGUGGCUGCACCUGUCGAGGCGCCCGCCGCGUUGCCCCCAGCGACGACGCCCCCGCCAGUGGCCGAAGCGCCCGCGGAGCUGCCUCCGGCGGAGGCUCCGGCCAAGAGCAAGAACAAGCACAAGAAGAAGAAGCAGCGCGGCAAGAAGGCCUCCGCGCCGGCGCCUGAACCGUUGAGCCCGCCGGCGCCGGCCGCGCCGUCGCCGGCCGAUAACCAGGAGGACGUGUCCGGCCCAGCACCAUCGGCAUUCGAUCUCAAUGGAAGCAACAGCAAGUACGGGCAAUGGGGCUUCGUCUUGCAAACUGUUAUGGCUGCACUGCUGCUGUCAUUAGCGUGGUGAUUAAAGCCCGGAGAGAGAUUCAUCCAUUUGUCUGCCUCGCAAUUGAUUUGAUUAUUUCUGCCCUUCAUCUUCUUAUACCAUCAUUAGAUGUAUUAUAGGAAUCAUUUCUCUUUUUUUUUCUGGCUUGUAAUAAUUUUUUUGGCAUGCAUUUUUAUCUCCUCCUCUUGACUUCUUGAAAUAAAAACUGGUGCACUUUAUAUUUCGUUCAUUGCACGAAACCAAUUAACCAAGGACAGCGAAAUGGUGUCAGA